CUUCAGAGUCCCCCUCCUCUGCAGAGACCUCCAUGAUGCUGUUUAUUUCUUUCUUUAAGCGGAUAACAUCAUCUUUACAGUCUUUCUAAACUCUGUAACCUGUGUGAUAAACAGCUGCAGUUAAUAAAGACAUUGAGAUUCAUCUCUUUUCCAUAAUUUGACAAAGACUUUAAUUUUAUAAGGGACUUUUAAAAUGUAAUAUACAGUAAACAUUAAUGCAAAGGCUUUAUAGUUCAGACACUUGUUCUCAGUUAGCGUUAGCAACAUGCUAAUGAUACUGUUAAAACUACUGGUUAUUCUAAGCUUAGAAAGACAGAUUUGUCGCAAUUACAUGCCUCUUCACAGAUUGAAUUUCUUCGACAAUCCUAAUUAAGUGUAAACACUGUGUUGGUCUAAAUAUUGGUGUAGUUUUAACAUACCGAAUAAGCUCAAUCACUUCGCUAACCCAACAGGGACGCCACCAUGUUUAGCGGUACUGCUCGACUUCUUCUACGACUUCUGAUGGUAAACAGCAGAGAGACAGCGACCCCUGCUGGAUACUGGAGGACAGUCAUCCCGACACCAGGAUUCCUAAUCUCGCGAGAUGAACCGAACUUGCUUAGUGGACUGUGCCCUAAGUUUGCAGCUCCACAGUGAUAUUAAAGUAGUACGUUUCCUACUUUAAACUGUGUUUCACUAACAGCAGAUCUUAAAUGAAAGCGGUCAUUCUCGCCGCCGGGUACGGAACCAGGCUCCAGAGGGAUGUGUUGGCUGACAGCAGCGGGAGGUUCGCUCACCUGGCCGGGGUCGCCAAACCGUUGCUGCCGGUGGGACAGUGUGCUCUGAUCUCACACUGGGUCCACGCUCUGACCGCCUCUGGGUGUGUGGACGGCAUCUAUGUUGUGGUGAGUAAAACAGUGUAUAGUGAAGUAGAGCCCAGUAUGUUUAGUCAAGCUCUUCUAACUACCUUUAUUUUGUGAUGUAUACAAUAAAACUGAUCAGCAUUGAGUUCUGCCUGAGCAUGUGAAUUACAUGGUAAUGCAUCAAUAUCAAAAUUUAGAAGAAAUCAGCCCACAGGUCUUAAAAAUAUGACACUUAAGAUGUCCCUUUAAAACAAUUUAUUUAUUAACAUUUUUUCAUAAACAGUACACAACUUCCAUAACGACAACAGAACUACAAAUUUCACCCAAACCCGCCUCCUCCCAGAACAAACCCCAUGGGCCAACUCUUACCUACAUCCCUAAAAAUAAUCAUAAUAAUAACUAAUAAUAAUAAUAAAUGUAUUUGUAUAGCACUUUUAAAAACAGAGGUUUACAAAGUGCUUUGACAUGUAGUCAUAGAGCACAAGGGAAAAAGACAAAUAAAAACCAUCACAGUAUUUCUAAGAUGGCUUUUAAGUAACUUUUAAAAUUCAGGUGCAUAUUAACUCCUGUACUUACAUUUCAGUCUUCAGCUGGGCUGAUAAUCAUUUCUUACAAGUGUGUGAACCUGAAUCAAGGCCGAUGACCCACUCUGUCUUUUUUUUCUCCUUCACAGACCAACGCUCUGUACCAUGCUGCAUUUGAAGAAUGGGCAUCACAAUUCACAAAUGUGAAGAUUCUCAGCGAUCAAACAAGAAGCAAUGAUGUAAAGUACAGUUUUACUUCUUUUUUGUUUAGGCUUUUUUUAUCAGAGUGAGACAAAAUUGACAGCUGCCUUUUCAUCUCAGUGAGUGUACCUCUUAUUUAAAGCUGCCUCCCUUCCACCAACAGGACCGUCUUGGUGCUGUGGCCUGCUGUCAACUUGUUGUGAAGCACUUCAACAUUGAGGACCAUGUUGUUGUCAUUGGAGGGUUAGUGAGAGCUGUGUUGUUCUUAUGUUAAUUAUUUAGGAGUCCUUCUGUGUUAGGGUCAGGCACUUAGAGUAAAAAUGUGGACCUGCCACCUGCAAAAAGAAGUUGUUUUAGUGGAAAUGAUCCUAACAGGUGCAAAAUGAAACCAUGCUGAAGAAAUAAACAGUAACCCUGUCUGACUUUGACAGUGACACCCUCUUUAAAGAAGACUUCAGCCUCGGUAAAGUGAAGGAGAGAUUUUCUGACCUUCAAGCAAAGAGUGAGGACAACUGCCUGGUUCUUUCUUAUCAAUGCAAAGAGGAGGGUGAGUUUAUUCAACAAUAACAAUGAAAGAAACUCUUUCAGUGUCAUUUGUGACAGACUUUAAUGUUUAAAGUAGCUAAACCUCUGUCUCAAAAUUCAGUCUCUGUGUUGUGUAUCCGGACAGAAACUCGUAAAUAUGGAAUACUGGAGGUGGACAGUGAUCUUCGCAUCCUGUGUAUGAAGGAGAAACCUCUUCCCUCUGAGACGAAGUCAAGGAGAGCAGUAAGUCCAUCAUAAAUAUUUAAAAAUGUUAGAGAAAGCAGUGAUCAACCUUCAGAUUUUACCCUGAGCCAUGAAAAAGAUGAGUUAAGGGCUUUAACAUGAAACACAGGAAUGUGAUUAAUCAAUAAAUGAAGUUAUUCAAGGUAAAAAAUCUUUAUGAGCAAUUUGUUUGUAGAGUUGUAUGACUAGCUUAUUAUUCCCUCUUUCACACCAGUGUCCGUGUUUCUACGUGUUUUCUAAGAGAAGUCUUCCUCUGCUGGACACUUUCAUGGAGGAAAAGAAGGUGAAUGUAAUAUCUCAGACUCAUGUCUGUCACUUUAAGGUUGUUUUUGACUGUGAUUUCACCGUGAUGUGCAUCAUUUUAUCUCCACAGGAGGCGCCUAUUGAUGAGAAAGAUGCUCCCGGUAACUUUGUGUCGUGGCUCAUUCCAAGGUAACUUAUGUGAAAUGCUUUAGUGUCCUUGAGGUCCAAAUUUUACCCUCCAAAGUUGUAGAAAUCACUCUCUAAUUCUGCUGUAACAGCCAAAAGGUCCUCUUUUGCACUCUUUAUUUAAAACCAGGUUUAAAUUGAUGCUGAGUAUUUAACAUGAAUGUAAAAUAUUGUCGAUAUUAAGCACCAGUAUUUAAUGUUUUGAUAAAAAUUUGCGUAUUUGCUCAUGUAAGUUUGUUUUUUUCUUUUUUCAGGAAGCCAGUUUAUGUUUAUGAAAUUUCUGGACGUUUUGAUGUUGGAAACCUGCCCUCCUACAUCGAAUGUGACCUUUACUUCAAAGAAAAACAAGAUGUGGAGUCUUACAUGGUGUAGAGCAAAAAUACAAACUUUUAAUUUACCAUGUUGGGAAAAAAAAAAAAGAGACAAAAACAAUCAAAAGAAAUCCUGGUCAACUGGGAGAAUCUUUGACAUCAACUCAAAAAUGAUUUCUGUAAAUAUUCUGUAAAAUAUUUCUUUUUUGUAAUUUCAAAACAAAUAUUUUCUAUUAAAAUGAUUUUUUAUCGUCUACCCUGUGAGGAGUCUCGUGCAUUUAUCCGAGGCUUUCUCAUGUUUGUCCUCCAUCUUCGCGAUGCGCGAGCCGAACUGCAUGGCCCUCUUUGGCAGGACGGCUGAUUGGCCGAGACCGAGCUGCCUCGCCGACAGUCUUAGGAGGAGCUUCUCACCGACACCUCGAGGAAGAGUCAGAUCUGCUUUCUCCAACACGGGCAGAGAGUUCAAGUAGCUCACCACGUCCUCGUCUAAAUAGGGAAACCUGAAGAGGGCAGAAUUAUACAAGUCAAAAAUGGUCUAUAAAUGAUCGAAGUGCAAAUCAAGAAACUCAGUGCAUUGAAAUUCUUUCAAUACAGACUCACCUCGCCUCUUUGCCAUGGUCUCCGAUCACUCUGUCAUCUCUGCCCAGAUUCCUGGAAGAGAUCCUGCCCAGCUCCAUGGCCAGUUCCUGGAUCAAUCCCUCAUAUCCUGAUGUUUUAAACCGGACUCUGUGUCUGGAGUAACCUGCCAGCUGCUCAUCCGCUCCAAUUCCUGUCAAAAUCACCUGCAGGGGGAGACAAUCAGGGAAACAGUUCAGAAGUUAAAGAAUCUAAACCAAACUGAAGGGUGAGACAUCAGAGAUUAGACGCCUUUAGGAGACUUGUGUCUAAACUCACCUUUGCUGAUGAUGAGAAGGACCUCUGCUCAUGGUCCUCCGUGAUGACCCCUUUCCCUCUGGCCGCAAACCAAACCGCACAUCCGAUACUGUCGUCCAGCACCGUAUCCAGAGGAUGCACCAGAUGACAAACGCGCUCCUGCCGCAUUUCCUGCAGCUCCUCCUGCGUCACAUUAAUUUCAACAAAAUUCCACCUUCUUCCAGGACUCAGGUUUUGUAGUUCUCCGAGUCCGGCUCUUCCAGUUUUUCUGUCUGGAACGUCGAAGGGACUUGAGGUCUGGGAAUCAGCUCCAGGUUUGUCAUCCAUUUGCCUAUUUUUGUGCUUUUUAGGUUUCUUCGUCGACUCUUUCUGCUUCUUCGGCUCCUGUAGUUUGAACGCUACAUUGAGGAGGUCGAUGGGCUGAUGAGCAGGUAUGUGUCGGUCAGCUAACACAGCUAAAAUCAUAGAAUCGAUACCUCCUGAGAAAAGUACAGCGACAUCAGCCUGGUCGUCAGCGGGAGGAGAGUCCUGCAUCCUGAAAGGCAGAGACUGAACUCGCCUUCUAACCGCCUCACUAAGAACAUCGAUAAGACGGUCUGACUCUUCAGUUUUGUCUUUGCUUGCCAGAAGCUGCUCCAGAUCUUUAGAACAUGAGUUCAGGUGAACCUCGUGUUCGUUUCCUGGCUCUGGGAUGGAUCUAUUGAGAGGACACACAGGUGAGGUCAGCUCCAGACCUGCUGGGUUCAUCACAGCAUUGCAGCCGCUCGGUACAGACUCUAAUACAGCUUCACUGCAGCCUGAGAAGACGUGAUUCUCAACGUGAGCCCAAGGAAAAACCUCAAACAUCAUAGAUCCAGACUCUGCGGCUGCUUUCAGGUCGAUCCUGUACACACCUACUGCUGGGACUUCUUGCCAAACAGACUUAUCAGGUGCAGAGCUGCAGGCUGCCACAGAAGUCAGAGUCAAGGCUUGUAGGUCUGGAUCAAAUCUCCACAGCAAACUCCGUCUACCAAAGAAGUCUCUACCAAACCAGAGGCAAUCUUCAGCCUUUUGGAGGUAAAUAAACCCCCAUGGUCCACGUAUGGAGGACAGAGUGGACAGUAUCUCCGCAGAGCUGUUACAGGACGCAAGUUUUUGAGAGACAACAGCUGUGUCAUUUUCUUCUGGCCUCACAGGGAUGCCUCCAAAAAUCUCCCCGUUCCACAGGAGGACAUUUCCAGCGUCAUCUUGAAACGGCUGAGGGGUGAGGAGACCUCUCAUGUGAAGAACAUGGGCUGAGAAUAAACACUGAUAACAGGGAUUUGAACCUCUAACUGUGAGAUCCUGACUGAAGUUUGGACCUCUUCUCUUCAAAUGUUCAUGAACUGUUUUGUCCCCUUCACGCUGAGCAGGGGACAGACUGAGGAGACAGAAAAUGCCGCACAUUGUUGCAGUGAGGGAUGAAGACGUGAAGUCUUACAUGUCCUGAAGCUCCUUUUUCAAGUUGUCCAGCUCACCUGGAGACAAAAUCAUCACAAUUAAGGAGCGUCAUGUCAAAUAAGUCGAUUUUUAGCCUCUAUGAUGUUUAUUUUCUGAACGUACGUUUGCUUGAACUCAGUGUUUGACUUUUGUCUCCUAGAAAGAAAAUGUUGCUGUUCCUCUGCUGGAUGAACACUCUCUGGAAAAGAACAUAAAAUGUGCUUUAUUAAACACUCUUUCUACAACAUAAACAUAUCUCCCCUCAAACUUUAAAAGGCAUGAUCGUGUUAAAGUAAAUAUAAGAGAAUAAAAGUCAGACUGAAGCUGAACUCACCCUGUUUUUCUUCAGGUUUGAAAGCUCGUCCACCACAACCUUCAUCUCCUUAAUCUGCGAGUAAACGAGCAAAUUUAACGAUUAGUUUCACCUCUCAGAAAAAAUAAACAAGCAGCUACAAAACAGGCAGGUUUCUCUGAGUAAAUGAUAGAAGUUUGUGUGAAUUUAAAGAGUUAAAUCAACCAGAUAUUCUGCAUGUUUACCAUUUCAUCAUCUUUAACGUUACCUUUCUGUUCAGCUCCUCCUUCACUGCGGACUGUCCUUCAAAAUUAUCGAUAUCUUGGUUUUUCGAAGUCAUUUUGAUCCAAAACUCGGAGUCAAUAAUAGUAACCAGUUUAUAUUUAUGUAGCAGGAGUUAGCAGGUUCACAUGUUCUGCUGCUGCUUUGUUAGUUUUUCCGGGGACAGUAAAACUCCGUUAAGUAUUUUGUUAACGCCCCCUAGAGGUGGGAGGUGGACACACACCGGACUGGAGAGACAGAGAUGAGACCCUCUCCAUUUGCCCUGAAUUUUUCAGAUAUGCCAUUAAAUGCUUGUGCAUAAUUUCUGACUCUGCUCCCCGUAUUAAAUGUCAUCUUGGUCAAUGCCAUCACUCUUGCUCUGAGGGUGAGUUCAGUGUUACUGUGCCGUUUUAUUUCAGCAGGGGGCGUCUACACUGACAUGAGAAAUGAGGUCUGAUUGAGAACAUGACCCAAAUUCUCAGUUGGUUUAGUACUUCGGCAUAAAGCAAACAAAGAAGUAAAAAAAAUCCAAGUGAUCUUAAUUUCUUGAUGUAAACAUGAUUUUAACUCAUCUUAUUCACCUUUGAGUCACAGUGUGGUCACUUUUUGGCUCCAAAACUAAAAUUGCAUGUGCCUGACUGAAGAGUAUAAUAUAGCAGUCAACCUGUCCUCCAUUACCUAGCUCUAAAGACUUAAAGUGAUUAAUAUUUGAACCUUGAUUUACUGUGAAAUAAUUGCAUUUUUAACCCACAUUAAGUCAAUUUUUACAAUAUAAAUCAUUUCUGACCAGUGCUGAGAUUGGAGAAUGCAGCAAAUGAGCUUCAUGAUCUUGACCUUUAAAUGUUUUGUUCAAAUAAAAGCAGCACUAUUUUAAGAGUGUGGCCUGAAAUGACAACCUAAAGAUAGGAAACAGCUUCAAAGUGCUUCUUCACAGACACAAAAUGCGCACCACAGAUCUGCAGCAAUGCACAGACUUCAAGAUAGAGCUCUGAGUGUGAAGAUGGUGUCUGCUUGGCUGCACCUGUAGACUUAGCUUGUAUAGACAGUCACUUCAACCUGUAAGUCUACAUCCACUUCUUAAAAACAGUCUCUGAGCCUCUAUGAUGUAACUCGGUACUGUUAUGUUAAAUAAAAUGUGGCUUUCCAGAGGUCAACGUCUUGCUCCAGCUUUGGGGCAAAUUAACCUUCAAACCUGCAAACACACCUGUCUGAGAGCUCACGUUGGUGUGAUCUCGGUGUGCUGCCAUGUUAUAUUGAUGAAUUGAUCCGAACCAGCUGUCUGAUGUUUACCACUUCAUUGCCUGGAAACAAGAGCUGUCAUUUUGGAAACCGUGGUCAGGCUGUCACAACCACACAAUGACCUUUGGUGUUUAUCGUCCAAAGUCAGGCAUCCAUCGAAAUUUCAGGCCUCAGGUGGAUUUCUGCAGCAAUAAGACCACACUGUUAUGAUCCAAAAAUGGGUAAAGAUAACAUUAUAAUCAUUGUUUUUGGAGCUUUUUAGUCACUGGGAUGUUUUGUAAUAUUGUUAUGUCCAGUUUCAUAAGAUCUUGGGCUAAAUAUGGCCAAUACAGCUGCACUAUAAUACCCUGUAGCUCUGUUGCAAUAAAGUCUUACAGCUCGGCACAAAGAGGACAGAAUCCCAGCAUGAAGAACAGAUGAAUAAUCUGAUCCAGCUUCAGGUGCGUGGCUCUUCAGGUGAGAUUUCAUUGAGUCUUUCUCCUCUUGAGUUGCGGCUCCUGUGCGUCAGGCCUCAUGAGAUAAGUCAUUCUCAUAUUUUUAUCCUGGAAAUCCAAAUUUAGCUCACGUAAACACUUCUUGUUGUUGCUGGCUGAAAAGGGAUCCCGUCAGGGGCAGACAUACCUGCAGGUCACAUGACCACAAAAUGACACAGCAGCCGUCUGACCGCUGAUGACAGGUACCUGGCUGACACAUCGACCCACUAAUAGUGCGGCUGGUAAUCUGUUUGUAGCCGCUCAGUGUGUGCAGACUUUCAAACGGCUGAGGGCUCUCAGUGAUCCUUGAAUAGAUCACAAAGGGACAGAAGUGCCUAUUGUCAACACCGGGCUCAUGAAAAUAUGCGCUCACACUCCUUGUUGGUGUCAGUUUUGUCCCCUCGUGUGAUGAGGUGGCACAGACGAGGCCCACAUGUUGAACUACGUCAGAAAGUCACGUUUAACAUCUGCAUGUGUAAAAACACCACAAUAAAGAUUUAUGUUUAACCACGCUGCACUGACUUCGUGGUUUUUUAGUAUUUUUUGUAAAAUAUAAAAAAAUUCCAUAUUGCCUCUCUAAAUCUUUACAUAGAUGAGUGAGUCCCAUAAAAUCUAACAUCUCUUCUCCAAAAAUAGUAGCAACUCCAAGUUUUAUCAAAAAAGACAAAAAAACAAUCAGACUCAGUAAAAAAAAUCUAUGAAAGUGAUCACUGGAAUCAUAUGAAGUUCCGGAUUUAUGUCUGCAUCACCCAAAAUUGCCAUUUAAAGCUCCAGUUAGGAACUUUCUUUAAGUGUUGGUUUUGCCGCCCCCCUGUGGACAAAGUAAUACCACUUAUCGUUUAGCUGAUCUUUUCCUGUAUAUGGGUAGAUAGUGUUUCAUGUCAAAAAUAUCUUUUCUCUUUAUUCUGACACUUAUAUUAACAUCUACUUCAUCGGAUGUACCGACAACUACCCCCUGUGAGCCAUUUAAGACGUUAAAAUAACUCUACAGCAGUAGUCCGUCUCUAUUUUCAUGGUCUUAUUUGAUUUCACAGUGCGCAUAAGCUUUGAUUUCAUUUUAUUUUUUGACAAACUCAAAACUCCCUACAGGAGCUUUAACAUCAGUCUGUAGAUUGUUCUAUAGAAAAUGUGCAGAAAACCUAAAAUCUAACCUUCCCAACCCACGUCAGACUCACUGAAAAUAAAACAAUAUAAUAACACUCUAGAGUCAUGGUAAUUAUAUGUUUAUAUUAUCUUGUUAACACAAUCACGCAAGUGUUGGAUAAGGAUCAAGCUUGGAAAAAAGCUAAAUACAGAAUCAGAUUAGUCCUGCAGAAAGUCCACGGUCCCUCCUCUAUGCACAAAUAUGCAUUAUUGGUAGGAUUGCAGGUCACCGUGCAUUAUUUCAGGAUUUAGUGAUGCAGACAGUGAAAGGAACUUAAAAUGUUUUGAAAUGUUGCAAAAUCAGCUUUAAGGCUUUCCUACAUACACUUAGAUGAGUAGAUUGAAUCCACUCUUAUGUCUGGACACUGAAUAAGGCGACUCGCCAGCUAAGUCUUUAGUAAUCAAACUGGGAUAACACAGAAUUUUGUAACAUUGCAGGUGGUGGUGGCAUGUGUGCCAGCACCAAAGUCAGUGCCAAUGGGAAGUCAAUAAAUAUCUAUCUCUGUGACGGACAUGUAAACUCUCCAAAAGAUGUUGUAAUAAAAAGAAGAGUCUGCUGAGCACAGGGGUCAAGUGUGAUGGACUUUCACCCCUGAAAACCAUUUGAAAGAGAAAAUCAAUGUUGACUUUUUUACUUAUCCUGGAGCAUGUGAAGUUACUAACAUCAUGCAGAUAAUACAGUGUAAUACAAAAUUAUAUCUCCCAAUUCAAGCAUUAAAUAGGCCGACACAUCUUCGCCCUAACCAUAGUCAUUAUUCAAACCAAACCAAACCAAAGUGUUGUGCAGAAAUCUAAUCUGUUUCUAAUGUUAGUUUGCAGCUGGUAAUAUGCUAAUGCAGGUUGUUGUGUCUUGCUGUAACUUAAAACAAAAUACAGCCUGAUCUUUACUUAACACUUACUUAUCUAGUUUAUGUUACAAUUUUUCUUAUCACACUAGAAACGUUAGUUAGAGAGUGGUUUAUUGUUAACAUUUGCUGUUUUCUGACUAUAUGUGAUAGAUAUUUUACACCUGCUUCUUCUCCCUUUCCAUUUCUACAAUAUAUAAUGAGCUCCCACGGUUUUAACAUAGACUUUAGUGUAUAAAUCUCUGAUAUAACUCUGUCCAUCUAACAGGUUUUAAAUGUGUUUAAUACUGCUGUAAAAAUGGGCAUUUUAAUAUGGGCUUCGAUGGAGUUCUUUGGAGACUGCCUCAAGUGGACAGUCAAGGAACUGCAGUUUUACGAUCUUCUGCAUUUGCUGAAUUUACACUUGAAGUUUGCACUCAGUUUCCCAAGCUGAGAAAUACGGCUGCUGUCUUAACAUGGUUGAAUUAAAGGGCUGAGUUGGAGAAAACUGACUGUGCAGUUCUGUCCUUCUUAGAGUGGCAUUGAAAGAAAACCACACACCACACAAUGCAGCUCUUAUACCUGCUGCAGCUCAGAGCUGGUGUUAUUCAUGCACAGUCAGUCCAACACAAAGACAUCAGGUUCGAGUGGUGACACAGGGGUCCCACUCAUCUUUUAUAGUCCUCUAUGCAUCAGGUACAGUGAGAGAAAAAAGCAGCCAUGCCCUCACUUAGCAGGUGUUUAUUUCUUUUCUAUGGAUUCAGGCCAAGGAGGCCUCUUUCACGUAGCCGGCAAUUAUAGCUGUGGUUCUGUUCUGUUGACAUAGGUGGACAACUGCAAGUCAUCCAAAGGUGUGCUUUGUACAUAUUUGCUCUUUUUUCAUUGCGGAGGUCUUGGUAAACAGCCUCACAGGUCAGAGUAGUUAUGCCAAAUCGCACCAACAUUCCUCGAUUAUUGAUUUAGUGUGGUAUCACCUGUACAGAUAAGUUCACAUAACUUUGCCAAUCUCCCUGCUGUUCUUCUGUUUGUUCCAUUUUAGUGUCAGAUUUGAUCUUAUUUGCUUUCAUAAGUUAUGACAGAGUACAGGUUGUGUUACAUAGAGAGCCUGCAGGAUUUCUCGAGGAGGACUUAAUAAAGGUGAAGUGCAGCCGACAUCUAAAGCUUUGCUCUGUUGAAGGUGGAACUGUUUUAUUGCACUAAACGUGUCAGUCGAGACUUCGCUUUUUAUUGGUCAUGGUUUAUUAGCGACACAGUUAUGGAAUAAAUCUGACCUUAUGUCACCCAUAUGCCACUGAUUAAAAUAGGUUUAUUGUUUUACAGGUAUACACCCUCCCAGACAAUCAGCCAGUAAUGGAAAGAACAUUUACUUAAGUAGGCUAUUGCACUUAUUGUGAUUUAUCUAGUAAAUAUUUAAAUAACUGCACCGAUU